UGAAAGGGCAAGAUGGUGGAAACGUUGGAGACUUUGAUUGGUAGAGUAUAUUAUGUUGAAAGUUUGAGUUUCUUUUGGUCAAUCUCCCGAGUUUACUUACGGAAAAACUUUCUCCUAGAUAAAGCAACGGAUCCAUCAAAAACAAACGAUGGAGUUGAUUACACAUCUCCAGUAUGUGACAGAAUUAAUCUAGAUCUGGAUGGGUAGGUCUUCCUGAAGUUUACCUUUAAAAACUAGUCAUAGUUGUCACUAAAUCUGCCCCCGACCUUUUAAAACCCGAAUGAAGACUCCUUGUGGUUGUCCAUGUAUUUGCCAUGAACUUUUGAAAUGCAGUUUUCGUAUUAGAGUUUCUGAGUGUAAUUCUUUUGUUUUCUGUUGUGUUUUUUCAAUUAUUACACUUUGUUUCCUGGGUUAAUGAAAAUCCAGAUACAUGUCAUGCUUAGGAUGGAAAAUUGUUUUUUAUACAUCCCAUAAUGAGUUCAACCAACACUGCAAAUGUAAUAGAACGCGUGUUAAACAACAAAACCAUCUUUAAUUAUUUAUUUGUAACUAAUAAUAUAAAUGUCCUAUAACUAAUGUGUCGAAUGAAUGCUUUGGAUUCGAGUGUGACAUUCUUGAACACAACUGAUAUAAAUGAUUUCGCAAUAAACUAACCCUGGUAAGGGCACUCAAGUUAAGCCCUGUCGGUCGGGGUUAAGAAUUCGAAGUGGAUGGGUGACCAACCACGAAUAUCGUCUUAAAGGUCCAUACGUUGUUCUUUCUUUUCUUCUUCUUCUUUUUUGCGUAUUAUGUGGUGUUAUUGUUAACAGUGUAUUGAAAAGCAGAUUUAGCAUUAUUUCGGUGUCCGGAUUUAGAAAAAGACAAAAACAAAGAACAAAUAUGGCCCGAUGCAGUUCGCCUGAAAAUUAUUAUUCUUCGGGCCGUAAUACAGAGCUGAAACUUUGCAGACUUUGAUCUAUAGAUCUGUGGGGAAACCGGCAAACUAAGAAAUCUGGGUUUUUGACAGUGUAAAACGAUCAUAAUUCCUCUGAUUCCAAUCUCCUGUUCCUCUGUCUCUUGCUGUCAGCGUUGCCUUCACUGUGCUAAUCGAUGUUUCUUCUGCUCCGCGGUUUCUUGUUGACGUCUUCUCCUUCGUUGUUCACACUGAAUUUGAAGCCGGCGUUCUUGCUCCAGAGGAGUUUCGGUGGAAAAUCUUCCUGGGCGAGGAUUUGGAGCCACUUGUUGUGCUUGUGUGUGACGCAAUUCGGCGAAUGCGACUCAUUGACAAACCCAGUUUGCGCGGUUGCUGAGCCAGGCGCACAAGCUGAAAAUUAACCGGGACCACCGUGCGUGACUAGUUUCAUCAAAUCGAGAAAAUUUCGCAUACUAACACUACAACGAUACGAUACUUUUACUUCACGCGGGGGACAUUAGGGUGCCUUCUCGGGUUCCGGCCUCUGGGCCGGAACCCUGCAGGGGCAAUAAAUAUUAUAUUGUGACUGGCAAAUAAUACUAACCCUAGUACGAUAUAACAUGCGCUUUUGUAUUUCAGUGAGAUGCAAAUAUGAAGACGAAAAUAGAACAGGAGAUUCAGGCUGCGUGUUGUUUAUUACUCAAGAAACUAAAUUAAGUUUAUUGUUAACUUUUAGCUUUAAUAUUAAUUUAUUUUUUGGUUUCUAAAUAAAUAUUGUAUUGUCUUGUUUCUAAAUCUUUUCACGUAAAACAACAUGGCAGUCCACAAAUUGGGAUUCGUUACAUAGCAACAAAAGUAAAGAGUUCCCAUGAAGAGGAAGCAAUACUUGGUCUUAAUGUGAGUUUUACAAUCUGUAAAUAUCAUAACAUCCCUGUGCUUUUCCAAAGAAACUCCGAGGUCCAAAAAUAAGCCAACAAUCUUGUUAGUCACCUCCUGCAGCUCUUUCAGCUCAUGAUCUAGGAAACAAUGGCACCUUACCUAUAUGCAAAAAGGUCAAAAGGUCAUGUUUUGGGUUGAGCUUGGAUUCAAGCCCCUCAAUGUGGAAAAAGGGAAAAAAUCAGCAACUAAAGGGAGCCAAGUGACGGACUAGACCCAGUCUCUCCUUACUUUUUCUUUUCCUUGCCAUGUCCUCAUGAUUUUUAGCCCCCUUCCCCUAAAACAGAGAGCUCGCCCACAGGCUUGUUUAUAUCCUUAUUGUUAAAAUAAUAUCAUUAAUAUUAUAAUUAGUAAUGGUAACAGGACUGAGUGGAGUCCAAUUCGGUCUGUAAUGAUGCGAGUGAUUAACAAAAUCGGAUGACCACGUAGCGGGAGUCCGAUUUGUUUAAUCACGAAUAUGAUUACAGACCAAAUUGGAUGACACGAAGUUCUGUUACCAAUUAAUCAUAACUUUAACAAAAUUUGUGAUAUAAUAGGCUAUUUUUUAAAUCAAAACACAAGAAAUUCGAAAUUUUGUUUUGCUAGCAGUGAAAAAAAAAGCCAUUUAAGCGCGCGUGAUGGCGCGUACUGUCCAAUUACUUAGGCAUGACGCGUACUGUCCUAUCAAGCUGUCCAAUUAAGGCUGAAAUCAGGGCAGUUGAAAUCAAGAUUUGAGAAUUUUGUCAUAGUUAUGAUUAUUAUUAUUAUCAUAAUCAAACCUGGCCCAGCAGUCAAAGAAAAUUAGUACUUGCAGCAUUUCUUUUAAUUUUGUGGUCAUUUAUGUAAAGUUUUAAUGAAGAAAAGCUUUUGAAACAAUGGCUCAAGCAAAGAAAAUGGUUCCAUAUGAAACAAGCAAUUCUCACUGCUUAAAAUGGAUCAGAUUACGCAAGGAGAUAAGGAAAGCUUCAUUGAUAAAAAGAAUAGAAUCACUUCUGUUGGAAAAUCUGAUGUUGGGAAAAAAAUUCUAACCAGCAAAGCAAAAAAUAACAAUGAAAGAAUGUCCAGCCUUAAGGGUACAAAGAGCCAAAUAAGACAACGCUUUUUUUUCGAAAGCCAGCCGAGUUUAUAACAAAAUGAAAAUAAAAUAUUGGUGUGCCGUACAUCACAAUGUCCUUGCCCCUUGAAAACAUUUCAAACAGUGCAGCAAAAAAUUCUAGUUUCAAUUGUGUAACAAAAUUGCCCCAGGAAAAAGUGAAACUGAAUCGGCAGUAAUUUUGUAGCUGGACUGGUAAGGGAAACAAUUAUACUGAUUUUUUCCCAAAAUAUGACUGUUAUUCACAGUACAGUUUGAGGGCAAGAGAUCGUUGUUCAUCUCUUCACUGAUUUCAGCCAAAGAUGAAAGUUGUCAAAUACACUCCGUAAUUUGCGUGAAAUGCUGCAAAUAUCCUGAGGUCUGUACUUACAGAGGCAAUUUCACUUUUCCAAUGAUUAUAAAAUAACGUAUUAUGCAAGACAAUUAAAAAGUAAUUCAGGCAACCCUUAACGAAUUUACAAUGUACAGUUAUGUAGUAAACCAUUUUUUUAAUGUAUAUUACCCUGUACUUCCUGUUCCUUUUAAUCAGCUUAUUGAAGCCUGCGUACAAAACUGUGGCCAGCGAUUUCACACAGAAGUUGGAAAAUACAGAUUCUUGAAUGAGCUCAUCAAACUUAUUUCAUCCAAGGUAAUAAUAUUUCUGAUUACCACAUUAUUUGUAGUCGAAGGUGCUGUUUCUUGGGACAGUUUUACCAUGGUAAAUGAUCUGUUCAUUGUAGGAAAUUUUGUCUUAUUAGUGCAUGUGACCAGAUUUUCCAAAGUUUAUUUCCCCUAUGCUAAUGUUACGGGUCAAAUUUGGUUUUAACCUACAUGUAGGUCAAUUCUUAAUUUUCUUUGUCUCCUGGUGCUAUUAAGAAGCAAAGGAAAACAAGGAACAACCUAGGUUUAAUCAAAAUUAAUCAGAAGUCAAAUUUGACUAGUGUAACAUCUACAGAUAAUUAUUAAUAUCAGGGUGCAAAGAAAAUCAUUUUUACAGCUUGCCAUUCGGGCAAGCUGAAGGUAACAUUUACUAGUCCAGAUGUCAUUUCAACUAGCCCCAAAAGCUUUUUGAAGAGCAGAAUUGAUUUCAUAGUUCUUCUGUUAUUUGAAUUCCUCAAAAAACAUCACUUGCCCAUCGGGCAAGUUAAAAACAGAAUUCACUAGCCAGAUAGCAAAAUUCACUAGCCCCAGGCUAGCGGACACUACUUUCUUUGCAUGCUGAAUAUCAAAAAAUAAUACAACAAAGUGGUAAGAAGCUAGGGGCUUUCACAACCCAUGGAUGACAAGAAAACCUAUCUUAAUGCUUGAUCAUUGACAGCAACACAAAACUAUCAUGUACAAAUGAAAGAAAAUUGUUUAUUUUUAACUGUUUAGAUCUUGUACUGUCAUAAGAGAGAGAUCACUGUUAUGUCCAGGGUUUUCAAUAACAAAUUAUUGAAGUAGCCAGCAGGUUUAAGUAGAGUAACUGACUGUAGCUGUUAGUCCCCUUCUUUUAAAGAGGUCUGGAGGCAUGCUCUGCCAGAAAAUUUAGGAAUUUCAAAGCCCUUAAUUGCGAUUUCCAGUUUUGAGGGGACUAAAUUGGGUACAAAUAAGUGUGUUUUUCAUUCAAGAAAAUAUACACGUAGCUUUCAUUCAGGUUUCACAUCCACGCAAUCAAUUCUUACAAGCAGUGGACAAAUGUCAAUAUUCAGAAUUAAGAACAUUCGCACGUAAACAAAGUCUGCGUAAACUUUUGAAGAACAUAAGAAAAAUUAACUGAAAAAGAGCAUUGUGUAACUGAAGCAUAACAUAACACCAGUGGUUCUUGAAAACGCAUCAUAAUUAAGCUAACGUUUUCAUUCAGUUUUUAUGAUGAUUUUUGUUUACAACAUUAUUAAAACAAGUUGCUUUUUGGGGGGGGGGGAAAGUAGGCGACUGUUCUGAGCAAAGUAGCCGAUGCAUUUUUGUCUGCCAUUUGUGCUUACUGAAAACCCUGUAUGUCAAUGGUAGUUAUCACAUUAUAAUAAUGAAAGCAUCAGGUAUAUUUUAAGGUGAAAUUGCACCUGGUUUGCAAGUUUGCUGACUGCCGACAGAUUCUCCCUGAAUAAUUCACUAUAAACCAUAUUAUCUUGAAUGUAUUAGCCAUUUACCUUCUGAUUGCCAGUCUCUUUUUAUGUUGACCCCAGUAUGAUGGAGACUGGACACCUGAUGCAGUUAAAAAACGUAUUAUAGAAUUGAUGUACAGUUGGACGGUAGGAUUACCAAAAGAAACCAAAAUUAUAGAGGCUUAUAAAAUGCUAAAACAGACAGGUACAGUAACUAUAAUAUCAAGAAAUAUGAUCAUGUACUUUGCUGUAGAUUGAUUGAGUUCACAUUGUAUUAUGUUUUUAUAUGUUAUAAUUCACAAAGGUUUCCCUGUAGAUUUAUGUGCUUUGUACCAUUCUCGUAAAAAGUAAUAUUUACUUAGUUUUUUUGUCUUAAAAGUGAUGAAGUGAUAUGUAAAGUUAAUACUCCCAUCAAUUUGACUCCACUAGAGCGGUUCUUACUUGACUGUCGUAAAACCAAAACCAAAGUAAAUACACUAGCCAACCAAAGGGCGUAGUAAAACCAAAACCAAAACCAAAACCAAUCCCGACAACGACAAGUGAAAACCGCUCUAUCAAGUAGAAUAAAACAAAAGAAAACAAACCUGACGGCUUUGAUCCUGACUCAUACCCAGUCGUCUCUUGUCCUUUGUAGGCUGUAACAGAACAGCAGAUCCCUUCAACACCUCCCCCCCCUACCCACCACCACCUUCUCACACAUACAUUCUGCAUGCGCUUCCCACAUUUAUUUAAGAGAGACAAAGGAGAAGACUUGGGAUGAGUCAGGCUUAAUGACGUGCCUUGCUGAAGUGUCGUCACAGCUGUUUGGUCACGCAACAAGAAUUUGCAAGGUCAGGUAUGGGCCAUGCACUAAAAAGAACUUCAAGAAAAUUGGUGUCCAGGUGUCACCCUUUAAUUCCUAAACUGAUUUGAGAUACACAUAAAAGUUGUCUUGGGAUUGGUAAUCAUAAAUCAUGAAUAAAUAAAAACUUAAAUAAUUGCCCUUCCCAAGGAUAAAAGAGUGUCCCCAAUCAUGCUUCAUGAAAAAAGUAUAGGGGACAUUCAUUGCUUGCUCUACAAUGUAAUUUCCCAUGAUUGUUAUUUUUGCAGGAAUUGUUACAAAGGACCCUCAAGAUCCUUAUGCGAAGUCUGUAGUACGUAUUGACUAUAGUGCUGUUGAUGUUGUUAUCUUAUUUAUUAACGUAGUACAGUAUCCCCUAAUUGGAAGGUAAAUAAUGGUUGAAAGUAUACAAUAGUUAUACAGUGAUGAAAGUUUUGAAUUUUAUAUACAGGCUGUAAAGCACCAUGUACUGACCUUGAGGGGGAUAAAAUGUUAUCUUCUGAAACUGUUGUGAAACAGAACACCGUAAUAUUGACUUGUGCCCUAAAAAAAUGAAUAUUAUACAACUAUCCCCCAAAGGGGAGGUGAAUAGUGGUGGAUAUAUACCAAGAUGCAAAGCUUCGAGGUACAUAUCUAGUGCUGUUCACUGACCCUGAGGGGAUGGUUGUUUUGUAUUUACCAAGUCAGUUGGAGAAAAAUGAAAAAAGUAACUUUUGUCAUUUGUAUUAAUAUUAUUGUGUUUCCUGCAGCAUGCAACUUAACUUGCCCGAUACAAAAUGAAUUUUUUGGGAAAUUUAACUGACAGAACAUCUGUAAUCAACCCUGCUCCUCAAUUUUUUUUUUGGCUAAUUAAAAUGACUGUUGGGCUAGUACAUGUUAUAGCUGCAGCUUGCCCAAAUGGCAAGCUGUAAAACUGAAUUUCUUCGCACCCUGAUUACUGGUACUAAAUAGUUUAUUAUUUUUUGUUUUUUAUUAGUUUAGUCUUUAAACUGAGGUUGCAGGGAGCAUUUUCAUUUUUAGUAAUAUUAUUUGUCAGGAUUUCUUUUGAAUGGCAGUUGAUUUAAAGAAACUUUCACACUCUUUCACAUCUCAUCAAACAAUAAUAUUCUUACUACUUUAUUUACACAUGUAUCUUAAAAAACCUAACAUGAAAUGCUCAUUAUUUUAAGUUAGUAUAAGUUAAGAAAAAUACCAUGGUCAGUAAUAAUGAUAUUAUAAUACAUGUAACAUUUUUGUUGAUAGGAUCCACCACCUGAAAGACCCAAAGAUACAAUAUUUGAGGAUGAAGAAAAAUCAAAGGUUAGCUUUUUUGAAUGGUAUAACUUGAUGUGUUUUUUUGAUAAGAUACAGUGGAACCCCGCCUUACGACCACCCCGUUUAUAAGACCACCUCGUUAUUACGGCCAUAUUCUUUCAAACCAAACGUAAAAACCAUUGAGUCAUUUUAUUAUUUUGAGGACCCCGUUAAUGCGACCACCUCGUUAUUACGACCAGGAUUUUAUGGCCCAACGGUAGUCGCAUUAACGGGGUUCCACUGUACAUGUAAAUCCUGUUAUCUUUUGGGUACGUAUAAAUAUGUAAAAAGUUCUAAAUAUUUUUAUAGCUUGGGAUUUGAAUGAUUAUGGUAUUAAAGGAAUACAGUUAAGUUUGUUUUCCUUAGGAAUAUCUGGCAGACUUUUGCUGACCUGCCUAUUAACAUAAGGUUAUUCAUCUACCAAAAUAUGCAUGCAUGACUGUUAACUAAUUUGUUUUCAUUUGUACAUUUGUACAUUGUUUAUUUAGCUUCUGUCUCGGCUUUUGAAGAGUUCUCAUCCAGAAGAUUUACAAGCAGCAAACAGACUGAUUAAGACCAUGGUCAGACAGGUAACAAGAGAUAGAUUAUUUCCCCUGGGGUUGGAUGGACUCUCACACAAACGUGACAGGGAUGCUUGUCUGAAAACUAAAAUUAAAACCCCUAAGCAAGACCAAUGUGGGUGUGGCUCAAGCUUAAAUUGACCUCUAAAGGACACCAUACUUAAACAUACAUCUAAAUAAGAGCAAGAGUGUCUUUUAUUGUGCUAAAGAUGUUAGCAUAGAAUGCGCUCAUCUAUAAUAAGAUUUCAUAAGCAUUGUAAAUUUCUUUACGCAUAGCCCUAAGUGAUACACAAAGAAAAUUGAGAAUCAACCUAGGUUUAAAAGAUUUUAACCUGAAUUUAAUUUUGACCUGUGACACAUCCAUGUUUUUAAGACGUGGGGGUGGUUGAUACCAAUUGGACACAACACAAGACAAAAAAGCACUUGCCUAGUUGUUGCUAAAGUUUGUAAUCCCAGAGCAGCUUAUGUACUAGGACAACCAACUCCUUUUUCAUGAACCUCAAUUUUUCCCUAUUUUCUUUGGCAAAUUAAUGUUGCUUACCUUUAGGACAACAUGCAAUUAAAGCAGGAUAGAUUGGCAUGACAGGUUGCUCUACCAGCACCGGGCUAUUGAACAGGACUUUUGUUGCACACUGAUGAAGCAAUAAACCAAACUUUUGAGUGAAAUAAUCUGUGUUUCCCAUAAAUUAAAUUGGAUUACUUCCUGGAACUAGUGAACUGCCUAAGAUUGUAAAUUUUAUAAAUACUUCUGCAAUUUGAGUAUUGCUUUAGAUGUGUUAUCCUAUGAAAUAAUGUGUGAUCUAUUGUAUUUAUUUUGAUAAGGAUGAAAUGAAGAUAGAACGGCAAGUGAAAAGAAACACAGAAGUAGACACAUGCUGUAAUAACAUCAAACUGUUAACAGAGAUGUUGAACCACUACAGCCCAAGCUCUCCUGCCCAGGACAAGGAGUUGAUGAAGGUAAGUAACGUAAUCUUUAUGGUCCAGUGAACUUGUAAUAAUUUAAGAGGCUGAAUUAUAAGCUUCAUGCUCAGUUUACACACUAAUAAAGACUUCAAGCUAAUCACUACAGCAACCUCUACAAGGGCAGUCAUGGAUGUGGAGUCCUGGGGAGAGUAUGUUACUUUAGCCUGCCAAAUUUCAACUUUAAACAAGCGGUGUCCUAACAGUGACUAUGAGGUUUCUUGUUCAUAUGCUUUCGCUGUCAGUAAAAAGCAGGGAAGACAUUAUUACUGGAAAACCGGAAGCGUCAAAUACUUUCUCGAUAAAGUGAAAAACAAUCUAUGAUAGGUUUUAAAACCAGUGAUUGUAAAAAUAGGGAAAAAGUUGACUUAUACAUUAGUAGCUACUACGCCACAAGACUGAUAGGUUUUCACAUUAUAGGAUUUGGCACUUUGGCAAAUUCUCAUUCCCAAGCAUGUGCACUGCGUCGUUUUAGGGCUUUAGUACAGGUCACCAUAGUGAUUUACUUAAAGGCCCUAAUAUUUAUCUCCUGCUGACAGCCAUAAGCAGACCAUGCCAGCUGCUCUUUGCGAUAUGCGUCUUAGUUAAAUUGCUGCUCUUUGUGAAUCUAUGCAUCUAAAUAAAAUUUCAUUUAACUGAAUUUAAUUAAUGAAGAUGAUGUGAACUAUGGACAUACAAAUUUUGAAUGAAGACAUGAUUGUCGCAGUGGUUGUUGCAGCAAUUGCAACUAAACCCGAAAAAAUUUUUUGGGACUUCAACAGGAUUCGAACUCCGCUGGCCUCUGCGUUAGUACUGCAGUGCUCUACCAUUUGAGCUAAGAAGACCCAUACAUUGGGAGCAGGCCAUUUUGUUGAGUUCAUCUUAACUGGUGAAAGGAAUGAAACAUGAAGCAUGCUUUUGAUAUAAUCCUCAGCUUUUGAGGCUGUUUGCUUUGUAUACUGGACUUCUGCUCUUGGUAUAAUGUAUACAUUUUGUUGUUUAAUUGAUAGGAACUUUAUGAUGCCUGUGAUAAGAUGAGACCACAGCUGUUUAGAUUAGCAAGUUCAGCAACCGAAGAUGGUGAUGAGGGGCUAGGUCAGAUAAAUCAACUUUGAAAAGCUCCUUUUGUUCUAAUCUGACAUAAAGAUGAUGAGAUGAUGAGAUGAUAUAGGAUCUGUACUUCUCCUGGGUUGUCUAGAAAAUACCUGGAAAUUCAGAAUUUUCUUCCAAUGCUCUACUGUAGAAAACAGCAGUUGGAUAUUUCUCCUUAUUUACAUGCAUCUUCCUUUGAUUUUUUCAUUUAGAAAUUAAUUUCCAUGAAAUAACUAAAAAGCAUUUUAUAGUGUUUAGUUGUAUGACUAAUCUUUGUCUUAGGUCCGGUUUAAACAUUGCAUUUCACGUGUGCUGAAUCAAAUUUAAUGCUAAUGGUGAAAAUCUACGGUUCUUGCUCAUUUGCAUUAGAUUCAGCACAAGUGCAUGCAACAAUAAUUGUUAUAAUUAUUAUUGAACUGGGCCGGGUUGUUAAAAGCAGAGUUAAGAUAACCAGACUUGCUAACCCCCAAAAGGCAAAAAAUGUGAGACUCCGAACCUAGACCUGAGGAAAGUAAUGAGAAAUGAGUAAAAGGUCGUGAUUUGUCCCAAAUUUCCCAUUGGAAGGACUUUCAGUGGAGAUUAUGGGUAUUGGAAGUCACGUAUCACUUUAACGCUGGAGCAGUAAACAUCACGAUCAAUUUUACGAGUUAUAGGUUUUGUAAUUUUUUUUUUUGGCGGCCAUCUUGAGAGAAACUGCUUCACAGUUGGUGGCAGCGGCAAGUAGCGGUAGGCUAGAAGAAUGCAAUCAAACGCGAUGGCUAAGCGUUUUCUUCGGAUUGAGCUGGCUAUCUAUUGAUAUCUACCUUGGAAACGAACCCUACAAUCCCAAAAUUUUUUGGAGUUUAACUUUCGAGAAAGCUUGAGAAAUGAGUUGCCAACUCGUGAGAGCGUGAGAUAGGUCGUGAAGUCGUCAGUGAGACUCACGACAAAGUCGUGAGACUUGGCAAGUCUGGAUAACGACAAGUCUGGCGAAAUUUAAAUCAGAUAUGAAAGCUUAAAAGGCAAAUUCAGUUAUAUUCUUAGUCUACAAUUUGAUGACUGGAUGCUGUAAAAAGAAUACAGAAAGUUAUCCGGGAAAAUGCUUUUGAACAAAAGAGAAAGAAACCCAGGUUGAAAUUUAACCCUGGGUUAGCGUUAACUGGCCUUCACACAAUUAGGCCCUGGACGUUAAAAUUUUCUCACUUAUUUCUGGAAAACUCGUGGAAUUUUGCUCUCUGUGGGAAGAACCAACCCUAGUUGAGUGCAGCAAAUCAAAUUUAAUACAUUUUUUUUUUUUAAAAAAGAACUAACUGUAGUUGUUGUGCUGACUUUUUCAGCUGAAAUCCUACGGGUAAAUGAUGAUCUAUCACGAGUGUUAGAGUACUACCGAAAGAUAUUUGGAUUAGCCCCUGGCGUAUCCGCUAGGACUGAACCAACACUCCCUCCAACAACUCAGACUGCAGAUGUACAAGAGUUGUCAACAGGACCUGCGUCCACACUUAUUGAUUUAGGUGUAGGAGGUCAGACAGCUGAUUCAGCAGAAACACCUGCUUCUAGUGUACUGGAAAACGAACUCAAGGCCCUUGGUAAGUAUUGCGGUAUUUAUUUAUUUAAUCACGGAUGUCAGGUAAAGAGAAGAGAAGCGUAACAGCACAAAUAAUCGAAUUUAUGAAAUUAUGGGAUUGGUUAGCAAAUUCAGAAAGAACAAGAUGAAAGAAGCGCCUUUGCCAAAUAUCAGCUUGUUAGUGCAAAUUGGCGGGGAGAUAUAAGCACCUUUAUGUUCUGAUGACCCCAGACAAAUCCUUCUAAAAUUGGCUUGGUACGUAACGUUUACGGUCCAUGUCUAUUUUAGAAAUAUUCAUAUGGAGUCGUCAGAGCAUUACUUUGCUUGGGAAGAAGGGGAAAUGUGGCCGGAAAUUUGCCCUUUUUUGGCGUUAUCAAUGUAUUGUGUACUGAUCAAUAACAAAUGUUCAUUUAAUUGGUCUUCUUCCUGGAGUUCAGUUCGCGCAAACGCACCUUUAAAGGUUAUGAUUCUGCUGUCUUAAUAUCGCUUUAAAAAUGUACCCGUAUAUUUUGAGUACAACAAAGUGUACGUUGUAGUUUAAACCUCUUUUUUUUCGCUUGUUAAUUGAUUUAUUGAGACUACUUGACAAUUGUGACAUUUUUUUCAGGGCUUCAUGACCUUGAUGCUCCACCUGCAGCCUCGACUGUGCAUUUGCCAAUCCAGGUACAGUUUUUUGGGGAUCGAUCAAUUACAAGAUACAAUACAAUGUAUUUCAUUCAGUUUGUACUUGGUAUGGGAAAAGUGAGGGGUAACCUCGAAAGUCCCGGUAACUUUUCAGUUCUGUAAUCAAAUAUUCAAAUCAAAAUGUAAAGAAUAAAAUCGUGGGUCCUACAUGAAGCUAACAAACCCGCCCAUUUUGUUUAAUCAACUGAUAGUUUUUUCAUGUUAUAUGAAAAUGUCUAUGAAAACAACAAUUACCGCUUUUCGGGCCCGUUAAUUAUUGAGAGUUCUGAGAAAAAGGCCCCAGUUUCGUAAGGAGCCCUAAAUUCACUUUACUGUGUGUAAAAUUAUCACAGGGUACCCAACAACCAGCCAGCAUGGGACCUUGGGGAGCACCAGCUCAGAAUUUUGGCAUGGGCCCAACGAAUAUGUCUUCAACAGUCGGCGUGGUCCGACCCAUGGGUCAAUACCAACCACCCGGUGUGGGCCCGCCUGCUUACAUGGCAACAGGACAAAUGCCUAGAAUACCUUUCCAACCUAUGGGACUGGGAGCAAUGUCAAUGCCACCCAGACCAGGGCCAAUGAGUAUGGGUUCGAGUAGCCUCACCAUGGCAACCACUGGGUCCGGAGGCCGAGGAACGGUGAACCGGAAAGGAAACGAGCCAACAAAGCCUCCCAGUGCCCUUGACCUACUGGGUCAGGAAAUGCUGCAGACACAGAAACAACAACAGAAACAGAAACAAACUGUAACACCAUUGCAGGAAAAAGCAGCACCCGAGCAGCAGCAGCAGCAGGUUACAGGCCCGUCAACAGACAGCUUACUAUCACUUGGGCUUGAGCCAAGUCCUGCAUUAUCACCACAGCCUGCUGGUUUACUUAAUUUAAGUUCCAAUUCAGCUGCAAGCUUCGCUUCUCUCACAUCACCACCUAAACCAACUGUACCUGCCGCCCUGGACAAUGUAUUUGUGCCUUUAGAUACCAUAAAACCAGGUAAACAGUCUGAAGGGUCGGUUAUUUAAACGAAGUCUAACUUAAAGCCGCGGUUUAACAAACCUUUAGACGUGCAGAUCUUUUCCUUAGUGGGUUAUAUAAAUGCUUUUCUAGUCUGCUCUAUAAGCUUUCAUAAAAUAAACGUUUAGAUAAAACCGUUGGACUAAUUGAAAAUGGCUAAGAACACGGUUUUGUUAACCACUGGCGAAACAACGUUUAAAUAAGUGGCCCUAAGCCUCGAUUCAGAUUAUUGCUUUGGAUUUCCAGACAGGAAUUAUUUAAAAUAAUGACUUUCUUGAACAAUAUGUUUACCGAGUGAAACCUUUUAUCAGCCAGUCGGAGAAUAGACUUCAAAACAGCCUCGCUUUGUCAGAUAAAGUCAAGCAAGCGAAAAACACGAGUGCACAGAACACCGCUUCCUGUGAAAAUACGUAAAAACGUGAAAAAUUCGACACAAGCUAUUGUAGUUUCCCCGCUAAAAGUAUCCACAAUACAGAAAGAGCGUUCUUCCAUGAGUUAAUCAUUCCGAAAGCUGAAGAAGACAGAAUCUGUUCGCUUUGCUUUACGUGGUUGCUUGUCUAACCAAAAUGAUGUGGCUAAAAAUGAUGUCGAGAUGUCGUUCGUGUACUUUGCUAACCUGCGUAGCAUGGCGGUUUUGGUUGGGCGCGCUAAGUAAUAAAGGCGGGCGAGGGCAGAGAAACCGCGAGGAGAUUUGGGUGGGAGCAACUUGGUUUCUUGCGGCUUCGCCGCUCGUGCGUCCGGCUGGACAAAAACCGCCAUGCUACGCAGGCUACUACUUUGCGCACAUGCGUGUUUUAAUAAACUUACCGCCACGUUCCUUCUUUCGGCCAGGGCCUUUGUUUUUAAUGCAUUGAUUGUGUUGGCGCGUAAAUAUUUUGUCCUACAUUUCUCCAGUUUUUGACUUAUGGGGUUACUGGCAAUUUUAAUCGAGGGAUGAAAUAAAGAAGAAGAAUCAAGCUACAACGCUUUCCCUUCUCAUUUCUAUAGGAAGCCAUCCACCACUAACAAUUCUUGACAAGAACGGUAUCAGAAUAAUUUUCCAUUUUGCAAAGGUAAGUCCUGGUGGUGUGAGUAAGUCCUGGUUAUGAGCUGUGAUGAAUGUUUUAUAUUGUAUGCAUUCAGUACAAAUUUAUCAACUCUAGAGUGCGAGUCUUAAGGGAGUAACUUAAGUAAGAAAUCAUCAUUACCAUCAUCUGUAACAUUAACGUCAUUUGUUAGUACAGCCAUCACAAAAACGCAUCGGUUAUCAUCUAUCCCGGGAUCAGGCUCCUUUGGUGGAGGAAAAAGAGAAAACAUCGCGAGCGAGCCGUCUUCUCACGAAUUUUUACCCCCCCCCCUUCCCACACAAGGAGAGCUAGUUCACAGGCCACUCAUCAUCAUUAUCAUCAGCACCACCACCACCGCCACCACCAUUAUCAGGAUAACUUAUCGGCUAGCCGUCAGACUAUUAAUUUAUUUAACACUUUGACAAUUUGUUCCACUUAAUUUACAGACAAGUGCAGAGUUAAAUAGGAAUGAUCUAAUGAUAGUUGUCAUAUCCACCAUGAGUUCGCUGUCUUCAGCGGUUAAAAAUUUUGUCUUCCAAGCUGCAGUACCGAAGGUAAGAGGAUAAGAGGUUUCUCUCGAGCAUUAUGUCUUUUCUUUGUUUAUAAACCUUUGCUGAUGGGGCGGGGCAGGGUAGGGUGCACUUAUUAGCUGCUUUGGCCUAGGGAGAAGGGAGCUUAUUCGGAAAAAGUGAACUCAGGGAAAAUUGAGAGCCUUUUGGGUGAAAAACAGUAUGUCAAUGUACUCCAUUUUCUUGUUUUUGUAUUUGCCUUUUUUGUACUCAUCAGCUUCCUUAAUCCGGGCCUCUGUCAUUAGCGUACCCGUGUAUUCACCUUCAUUUACUUUUUGCGGGCGGAGCAAGGGUGGCGCAGUGGUGAGAGCACUCGCCUCCCACCAGUGCGGCCCGAGUUCAAAUCCUGGCGUCGACGCCAUAUGUGGGUUGAGUUUGUUGUUGGUUCUCUCCCUUGCUCCGAGAGGUUUUUCUCCGGGUACUCUGGUUUUCCCCUCUCCUCAAAAACCAACACUUCCAAAUUCCAAUUCGAUCUGAAACGCACGGACAACGAGUUCUUAAGAACUCCUAAGUGCUCCGUGGGCAAACAAAGUACAAUUUUUUUUUUACCUCAAAUCUCUUUGACCGGCCACAUUUGUGGAAAAUGGGUCACCAGCAAGGUUCCAGUUCUCUCAUCAAGAUUACAUAUGAAUUUCGGACGUUAUUGUGAGAUCUUGCUUUGUUUUGCAGACAAUGAGAGUGAAGCUUCAGCCUCCAUCAGGGAGCGAGUUACCGGGUUAUAACCCCAUUCUUCCUCCUUCAGCCAUCACUCAAGUCAUGCUGAUAGCUAACCCCGCAAAGGUAAGCUCUGUCAUUGCCAAACUGCUGAGUGGAUAAUCCCUCUGAUCGUGCGUAUGGCAUCAUUCCUUUUUUCCGUUGAGGUACAAUCUUGUUGAUGAUUUAUAUUGCGAAAGGUUUCUGACAGCGGUUUUUGGCCUCUACUUGUUUGUUUUGUUUUGUUUUGCCACGGAGUACCAAGAGACAAAAUCUGACCAGUGUACUUAAGUUUACUGAAACGUCUUUUCGUGACGUUAUUGCUUUAUUAAGAUGUGUAAAGGACUAUGAAUUAAUUGUCUUAAAAUACGAAUAGAUGCUUAAACUCAUGGAGAAGUUUUUGGGCAAUUGAUAUAACUAAGUUUUCGCUCAAGAGGAUAAAUUCAAAUUAGCUUGUAAUCACUAGGAACUGAAUGUUGUAAAAAUGUAGCUAUUCAUGUGUUUGAGGCUAAGAAUCGUAAAUGCUAACUCUUGGAAAAAAUUUUUUUUAUAUCACAGGAAAAGAUCAGGUUAAAAUAUAAAGUUAGCUACGAAGUUGACAGCAUCCCAAACACAGAAACUGGAGAAGUGGACAGUUUUCCUAAUAUUCAGGAAUAACAGAUAAUUACCCGCCAGCGUGUACCAUUACUGAAAAUUAAGGUGCG